AUGUCUACAAAUUCGGACGCAAGUCAACUCGGCAGUGGCUGCGAUCGAAGUGCUAUAGACAUUACCUGGAGCUGCGCUGCAGUCAUACUCGCUUGCGUCUGGAAAGCUGUCCACCCAAACGUGCCUCCCCCAGACUCGGACUCGAGGGGAUCGAAGCGGGCAUUCGUACUACGCAGGCUCUACAUGACACUGUGGACCAUUCUUCUACCGGAAGUAGUGGUUCUGCGGGCGGCCACCCAGUGGCAUGAAACUCGAAGAAUAGCAGAAGCGUACAAAAAACAGCACCCGGAGGAUAGUAUAGAUAUUCCGUUGAAUACGGGCGCUCGUAGUUCCAAAGAUGUUGCUCAGCCAAAGUACAGGAGCGAUGAAUCCAGAAACAGACCACAGUGGACGAACACCCAUUCAUUUUUUCUCUCCAUGGGAGGUUUUGUCACCAUCCAGUCGGAUGGGAAGCGACGGACCAUUCGCCCUGAGGACCUAGGCGUUGUAGUAGCCGAGGACUCCAUGGAAACCGCCCCCAAACUGCCUUGGCCAAUGGUCGAAGAAGACGACAUCAAAGAGAAGAGACAGGGCGAUACGAUCACCAAGGCCCUCGUCGUCUGGCAGACCACCUGGUUCGUGCUCCAAAUUAUCGCUCGUGGGGUGGAAGGGUUGGCCGUAACCGAACUCGAGAUCAUGACGCUUGCAUACGGUCUCUUGUCCGCUUUCCUCUACGGGCUCUGGUGGAACAAACCAUAUGACGUUCAGACACCGAUUCUCGUCCAAGCCCAACUGGAAGAAGUAGAUCUACAUGACUCAACUCCUGCGAGAGAACCGCUGAAAGUCGCGGAUUUCCUGCAUGGGAUCUGGAUUGCUCAACUGGACACGAUCAUCUUCGAAGGCAGGUUCUUCCACUCAGAUAUCCCUCUCUUCGACGGCAUGGUUUCCGCCAUCUUCUUGAUCACAAGCGCGACUUUAUUCGGCGCCAUUCACUGCAUUGCAUGGAACUUUGAAUUUCUUACCCAUAUCGAAAGACUGCUGUGGAUCUCGUCUUCCCUAGUCGUAGCUGCCACGCCAUGCAUUCUGACGGCUGGUACAAUAUUCACCGCUCUGGUUUCGCCAGUUCUUGAGAGGUUCCUCCACCGGGUUUGCUUCAUUGCAUUCACGAAGGGGGGAGAUUUUAUUCAUCAUGUGGCACUCUGUGUAUAUUGUCUGGCGCGCAUCAUUUUGAUCGUCCAACCCUUUGUUCUUCUUCGCGAUUUAUCUCCUUCUGCCACUCAGUCCAUCUCGUGGACACGCUUCAUCCCUCAUGUUUAG